GGGCGAUAUUGCGCCUCCACACUGCGAUGAGCUGAAAGAGGGAGACGGGCUCUGGGUUUCAUGCUCGGCAGGGGGGAGCUAGCAUUACACGAGAGCGAAUCGGGGUGAUGACAUUGUUCCCCAAGUACCAGCUGAGUGCACCUAUACAUCCACCUCCGUGGAGGAGGAGCUAUUCACGAGCCGGAGACACCACAGGUGGACAAAAGACAGAUGGAUAAAAGCCCGAUGCACAGGCUCCUCUGCUGCUGACACUUUGAUAUCUCUUUCCCUGACGGUUUCAGAGGAAAUUAGGGAUUGAUUGGGGCUCAUCCGAGGUUCUGGGUCUUGCUGUGUUUUUCGUUGGCGCAUAGUGAUAUCUGAAGCAAGAGGUGGAGUGAGGGCCCCUCUGAGGACUGAAUGUCCGAGGAUGCGGCUCGCCUCAGUGCCGACUGAGCAGGUCACUUAUCUGUAUCGCUACCACUAAGGGACUCCUGCAGGUUCCGUCACCUCUACAUAGAGCCAAAUGGAGAAAAAAUACCCAUUAAUAGCAGGAAGAGAAAAAGGGCCGGGGCCCGGGCGCUACGGGCUUCCUCCCACCAUCGGGUUCAUGGGCCAUGACUUCACCAUGCAGACCAGCCCCGCUUACUCUUUCCACGGCCGGAUGAGUGACACGAUGUAUCGUGUGGACUCCAGUCCAGGUCCACAGUAUCACAUCGAUGCAAAAAUGACUCGUUUUGGAAGAGAUGGCACCCCUGCAUACUCAAUGUUGGGCCGAGUGAAAAAACAGAAGGAGCUAUUCCAGACCCCCGGACCGGGUGCAUACAGCCCUGAGAAAACACCCACAUUCAACCUCCAGCGGCGCCCGCCGUCUUACACCAUGGGGUCGCGUUCACAAUACCGGAGUGUCGACUCAGUACCGGCUCCCAACAAGUACUCUCUGCCUCCGCUGAUGGGCCCCCAAGUGCCCAACAAGCAAGCCAGCGCAAGUUACACAAUGUCAGGUAGUUACAGCGCAGGGGGACCCGCUGUGGAUUUAGCCCAGACGCCGGGGCCCUGCAGGUACAACAGCACGGACCCGAGUGUUUAUCUACCGAGAAAGCCGGCCUUCUCCAUGCUGGGACGACACGGCUUGCCCAGAGAUGCCACCGAAAAACCCGGUCCUGGAACCUAUAAUCCGGAGAAAGUGACUGUUAACAAGGCUCGGGCGCCAGCCUACUCCCUGGGCGUCAGACACUCGGAAUUUGUUACUCCGCUAGUUGUCAAUGUUUCCGACUGACCGUCAUCAGACAGAAAACAGGAGUCUGCUAUCUGGUGGAAAAGAAUAUUCACGAGCAAACGUAGCUAAUGUGAAGAAGUACAUUUAAUUUGUUCUUUCAGCAACAAAGAAAGUGUUGAAUCAA